AUGGCCGUCUCCCCGCUCGUCGCACCCCCGACCGACGCGCUCCACGCCACACGAACAACCUCAUCCCCCUUCAAACGACAACCAUCGGCCGUCCCCUCCUCCAACGGCACGCCCGGGCUCUUCCCCCACAGCAACAAUGACAGGGCCGGUCGAGGCACCGGCGCCGGCACUGCCACCCCCGCCGGCCUAACCCUCGACCCCAUCGAACAACUCAACGAAGACGAGAAACGCAAAUACAUCAAAGGCAAGAAACUCGGCGAGGGUACCUACGCCAACGUCUACCUCGGCCACGCCCGGCGCGACCCCACCCUCCUAGUAGCCAUCAAAAAGAUCAAAGUCCAACAACAAUACCAAGACGGCAUGGCGCCCGACGCGGUGCGCGAACUCAAAUACCUCCGCGAGCUGCACCACCCCAACAUCAUCUCCCUCCUCUCCGUCUUCAGCUCCAAAGACCAAAACCUCAACCUCGUCCUCGAAUACCUCCCCCUCGGCGACCUCGAAAUGCUCAUCCGCGACGUCGACCGCGUCCGCUACGGCGCGGGGGAUAUCAAAGCCUGGAUGGGCAUGCUCGCCCGCGCUGUCUGGUUCUGCCAUGACAACUUCGUCCUGCACCGCGAUAUCAAACCUAACAACUUACUCAUCGCCGCCGAUGGCGAGGUCAAACUCGCUGAUUUCGGUCUUGCACGUUCAUUUGCCGACCCCGGCCGUCGCAUGACUGCCAAUGUCAUCACCCGCUGGUACCGGCCGCCGGAACUCCUCUUCGGCGCCCGCCACUACAGCGGUGCCGUCGACAUCUGGUCUGUGGGCAUGGUGUUCGCGGAACUAAUCAUCCGCGCACCCUUCCUGGCGGGAAACACCGAAGUCGAGCAAAUCGCGCUGAUCUGCCGGCAGAUCGGCACCCCCACUGAAGACAACUGGCCCGGGGUGACCAGUCUGCGGGAGUACACCGUCCCCUCAGACACAGUCGCCGUAUGGGGCAAGGAUGCGUACAUGGGCCGGUUCGGGGCGGUGGGGGCGGACGGGGUGGACUUGCUUGUGCGUACUGUUGCGCUGGAUCCGAAGAAACGGAUUUCGGCUAGGGAGAUGCUGGAGCACCGCUGGUGGCGGACGGAUCCGAAGCCGACUAAGAAGGAGGACCUGCCGCGUAAGUCGGGGGGUGCGGGCGCGGAUGCGGAUGAGAAGAUGGGGGCGGAUUUGAAGAGGCGGAAUGGGAUUGUGGAGGAGGAUGGGAAUAAUAAGAAUGGGGGGAGGGGGGCGAAGGUGGCGAGGAAGUUGGAUUUUGGGCAGGCUAGGUGA